AUGGAUACACUUGGAUGGGAGUUGCGCGUGGUGCGCGCCUUGGCCCUGGGCUCGGCUUCGGUUGGGUUUGCCAUGGCAGCUCGCCGGCAUUUUCUUGACACUCGGGCAUGCACACCCGAGGCGCUGCACCGUGGCUGGGAGGUGCUGGCCGCGUCGGAAUAUGAGGGCCUUGAGGAUUCCGAUGCCUCCCCGCCGACUUCGGCUGGCUCCGAUGAUGGCGUGGCCCGCGUCGCGCCCCCCGACAGCCAUGCCUUGAGUGUUCAGCCCCGCACGACCUUGUCCAAUCUUCAGCUCUGGCUCAAUCAUGCUUGGAAUGAACUUGCUCCAGUACGCGCUCGCUGCGAACAGAUCUUGCACAUGCCGGGCCUCGAGUAUCGAGCCUGGCUUGGCAUGGGCGCCGUCAGCCUUUGCAUCUAUUAUCUGGCUGGGGCCGGUCAAACACUGGUGCAGCGCGCCAUUGUGCGCCAAUUGGGAAGAUAUGACGCCGCCUGCGAAGCAGUCUUCCGUGCCUGUCUCAAGCUCUGGUGGGAAGCUCGCAAUAGCUACGCGGCAUUUGCCGCGCAGCGCCUUGGGGAUUGGCUGCCCGACUACCUCCGCCCCUACGCCACUUUGGGGGUUUCGCUCGACCAACAUCUGGAAGAAGUCGUCAAAGCAGCCGAGUCGUGCCACGCACAAGUCACCCGGGACCUGCUUGAGGAUUGCUUCUACACUACACCUGGCGUUGCGCGGAACUGUGAUGCUUUUGUCAACCUUGUUCUCAACACCACAUUGGGCCCCGUGCUCUGA